CGUGGCGUGGUAUUCAUGAUGCGACUGGCGAAGCUGACGCAAAGCUUAACGCUCAAAAAUGCAACGCAAAAGUGCACGGAUCAGUCGCACUCCAAGCGUCACGGGAGCAGCAGCAGCAACGGUGCGAGGCAGAGUAUUGGUAGCGGCGCCAACGUUAACGGCCUGGCGGCCACAGCGACAGCGGCGACAGCGACGACAGCGACAAGAAGCAGCAGCAGCAGCGGCGGCAGCGGCACCGCCACCGGCUCCGGCAGUGGCAGUGGCAGUGGCAACACCAACAGCAGCAAGCGCAAGUCGAAGCCAAGGACAAAGUGUUUCGGUGGCACAGUGUUUCGCUGUUGCCUACCUUGUCGCGGGGGCGGCUCCGCAGCCCCCGCCACAAGUCCGCCCCAAACACCCGCGCAGACACCGGACGAUCUGAAAGCAAAGACACAGCCAGCAAUACCUGAGAAGCAGGCACAAAGCGAGCUGCCUCAACAGCAGCAACAGCAACAAUUAGACACAGACUUGGAGGCUUGUCGGGCGGGCGAGAAGAAGCAUUCGCUCGCCGAUACGAUUGGCACAUCGGUGACCACGCCCAUAUCUCUAAAGACACUCAUCAACGACGUUGACGAGGAUUUGGAACAACAGCUGACCGCAGCGGACAUUGCAGCCGCCAGCUUGGCCAGCGGUUUGGUAGCCAGGCGCGCCGAACCCGAAACACUCAGUGACGCCAGCGUCUCACCCACCGUGGUGGUGCUGCAGCUGUCCAGCACAGUGACAGCUAGCACAGCGCCCAGCCUGACCCUGCCGGAAGCGACCAGCUUGACGACAGUAGCCACAGCAGCGGCGCCAACAGCAACCCUGCUAAAUACAACCACCAGCGUUUCCUCAACGUCGCCUUCGCCCAGCGGCGUCUACACAGUCAAUCAGCAGUCCAGCAGCAGCAGCAGCAGCAGCGCUGCUGGAGGAACAGCAGCUACAGCUGCAGGAGCAGCAGCAGGUGGACAGCGUUGCAGCUGUCAGCCGCAGACCUCACCACUGCCGCACAUUAAAGAAGAGGAGGAGUCCGAGCAUCAACAGCUGCUGCAACACGCCAACAACCGUCAGUUGGUCAGCAGCAGCCCAAUCAAGGGUCUUGAGGAACCGCUGCCGCCUAUUACUAUUGCCGGCGGCGGAUAUUGCGGCAGCUGCGAGAGUGUGCAUCACAGUUCGGGCACCUCAUCCUCGGCAACGGCCGGCGGCAGUGCGCAGCCAGAGUACGGCGGCGCCUCGACGCCCUCACCGCGCAUCAAACUCAAAUUUCGUAAGCCGCACAAAUCGUGUUGGUCGCGUAUUGUGCUCACGCCCAUUGGCAGCACCGGUGGCGGUGGCGGCGGCGGCUCAUCCUCGGCCACAGUUAUUGGCAGCAAUUCGAACGAGACUCUAGCCUCAAGCGGCAGCACCGGCAACACCAAUACCAAUACCAACAACAGCAGCAGCGUCAGCGUCGCUGGCCAUCAUCGUUUGGCCUCGUCUUCCGCCUCGGCACUCGCCUCGCAUCCCAGCAACUCGCAGCUGCUGCCCACCAGCAAAAUGCAGGCCGAACAGGGCUCCAUCGGUGAUCUCCAAAAGUAUCACAGUCGCUACCUGAAGAACCGUCGUCACACCCUGGCCAAUGUCCGCUUCGAUGUAGAAAAUGGCCAGGGCGCCCGAUCACCACUUGAGGGCGGUUCACCCAGCGCCGGUUUGGUUCUACAGAAUUUACCGCAACGUCGCGAAUCGUUUCUAUAUCGUUCCGAUUCGGACUUUGAGAUGUCACCAAAGUCAAUGUCAAGGAACUCAAGCAUUGCUAGCGAAAGGUUUAAAGACCAGGAGGCCUCUAUACUCAUUGACAGAUCCCAUGGCGAGGAUCUCAUUGUAACGCCGUUUGCCCAAAUUUUAGCCAGCUUACGUUCAGUGCGCAACAAUUUAUUAAGUCUGACAAAUGUACCAGCAUCAAACAAAUCCAGGCGGCCAGCUCAAUCAUCAUCCGGACGUGGCGGAAAUGCUGGCGGUGUCCUACUAGCACAGGGCGAUGAGGCCUACACACGCCUAGCCACCGAUACCAUUGAGGAGUUGGAUUGGUGUUUAGAUCAACUGGAUACCAUACAAACGCACCGCAGUGUCUCCGACAUGGCAUCGCUUAAGUUUAAACGCAUGCUCAACAAGGAGCUCUCACACUUCAGCGAGUCCAGCAGAUCGGGAAAUCAGAUUUCCGAAUAUAUAUGUUCAACAUUUUUGGACAAGCAACAAGAGUUCGAUUUACCCUCGCUGCGCGUCGAAGAAAACACAGAACACACGGUCGCACCGAUCAACCAGCCAUAUCGCAGUCGAUCGCCGCGCGGUCCGCCGAUGUCACAGAUCAGCGGCGUGAAACGGCCAUUGUCGCACACCAACAGCUUCACCGGGGAGCGUCUGCCCACCUUUGGCGUGGAGACGCCCAAUGAGAACGAGCUGGGCACCCUGCUCGGCGAGCUAGAUAUGUGGGGCAUUGAGAUAUUCAAAAUUGGCGAGCUGAGCUGCAAUCGUCCGCUCACCUGUGUGGCAUACACCAUAUUUCAGAGUAGAGAAUUACUGACCAGUCUUAUGAUACCACCGAAAACUUUUCUUAACUUUAUGACUACUCUGGAGGACCACUAUGUCAAAGACAAUCCGUUUCACAAUUCGCUGCAUGCCGCUGACGUGACACAGAGCACAAAUGUGCUAUUGAAUACACCCGCAUUGGAAGGUGUAUUUACGCCCCUCGAGGUGGGCGGGGCGCUGUUCGCUGCUUGUAUACACGAUGUUGAUCAUCCUGGCUUAACCAAUCAAUUCUUGGUUAACUCAAGUUCCGAACUAGCAUUAAUGUACAAUGACGAAUCUGUUUUGGAAAAUCAUCAUUUAGCUGUUGCCUUCAAGUUGUUGCAAAAUCAAGGAUGUGACAUAUUCUGUAACAUGCAAAAGAAACAGCGCCAAACAUUGAGGAAAAUGGUUAUUGAUAUUGUGCUCUCCACGGACAUGUCCAAGCACAUGAGCCUGCUGGCCGAUCUGAAGACUAUGGUCGAGACCAAGAAAGUUGCGGGCUCUGGGGUUCUGCUGCUGGACAACUACACAGAUCGUAUACAGGUGCUUGAGAAUCUGGUGCACUGCGCUGAUCUGAGCAAUCCCACCAAGCCAUUGUCGCUAUAUAGGCGUUGGGUGGCACUGCUUAUGGAGGAGUUCUUUCUGCAGGGCGACAAGGAGCGCGAAUCGGGCAUGGACAUCAGUCCGAUGUGCGAUCGCCACAAUGCGACCAUCGAGAAGUCCCAGGUGGGCUUCAUCGAUUACAUUGUGCAUCCGCUGUGGGAGACCUGGGCCGAUCUGGUCCAUCCAGAUGCGCAGGAUAUACUUGAUACGCUUGAAGAGAACAGAGACUACUAUCAGAGCAUGAUACCGCCAUCGCCGCCACCAUCGGCAGCCGAUGAUAUGCCCCAGGAUGAGAAGAUACGCUUUCAGGUAACGCUGGAAGAGUCCGAUCAAGAGAAUUUAGCCGAGCUAGAGGAGUGCGACGAGAGCGAGAGCCGUGCAGAUGCCGGCUCCACAACCACAACUGGCACAACGGCCACCAGCGCGGCGGGCAGCGGCUCAGCUGGCGCUGGCAAGCCGUCAGGGAGUCAAAAUCAAGCGCAACACGGUGGAAUGUGACGGAGAGUCGUGGGAAUUUAUCGCAAGUUUUCGGAAAAGGCGCACAGCUUCUUCCUAAUACGUUAGUGACUAUAAUUUAAAAACAAAAACAACCAAAAACUUAAGAAAAACUAAAAUCGACAAAAAACAAAAACAAACAAACAAAGUUAUACAACAAAUGCAAAAAAAUGCAAGAAUUAAAAAAAUGUUUAAAGCAUAAAACCAAACAGCAAUAGCAAAAGUACCGUUUAACUUAUAGUGAAGAAAAACGAAAAAGAAAACUAAAAAACAUAAAACAAAAAGCAUAAGAAAUUAGAAAUUUACCUAAUGAAAAAAAUGAGAUUGAUGUGGAAUACACUGAAAACAAACAACAACAAGCAAAACUAAGAAAAAGAUAUAGAAAAAGAAAACAGCAUUAACAUAACAUUAAACUAAUCUUAAAACCUUCCCAGAAAGCCUACCCAAAAUUAAAGACAAGACAAAAGCGCACUGAAAGAAACAAGAAACAAGAAAGAGAAACGCAAACAAAAGUAAAGCUUUAAAGAAAGCUAGAAGCAAAAUAACCCAAAAUGCCCAAAAGCACAACCAUAGACGUUUAUUGUUGCAAUAUUUUAUUUGAACUUUUAUUAAAAUUUUUUUUUUUUAACUAAUUAUUAAGCAAGCGAACUUUAGUUUUUAACAUGCAACAAAAAAAAAAAGAAGAUAAAGAAAGCAAACAAAUUUCUGUUAAAUUUAAUAUUCAUUGCGUAGCUUAAGUCAACAAUUUGUUGUUUUUAUUACAUUUUAUUAUAUUGACAAACCAAGGCCAGGAAGGCAACUAGAGCAAGAACAACAACAAAUAACAAGUUAACUAUUAAGUUUUUUUUAAGCUAAUUUCUAACUGAACAACGCUUCAAGCUCAACAAAAAAAAAGAAAAUUAUUGUGCAUGCUAAAAUUUAAAAACGUACAUAAUUAAUUUAAAAACAAACAAACAAACAAAAUGAACGUGACAUUUGAAACUUAAUUUAUUGAAAGGCGACAAAAACAAGAAAAAAACAAAAACAAAAAACAAUAUCAAACCCAAACUGCAAUUAGAUCUAUACAAAACAUACUGUGAACCUUCCCUCUACCCCGCCUAAAAAAUGCAAAAAAAAAAAAAAACAAAAAAAAACAAACCAGUGAAUUAAACUAAAUUGAAAACACACAAAACUAACUUAAUUGAAGCUAAAAUGAAAGAAAUUAAGCCCAAAAACAUAUAUGUACAGUCUGCAGCUUGGACUGCGGUUGUAAAGUACUAUAUACAUACAUACGUAUGUAAUCAUACAUAUUUAUAUAUAUAUAUACAUAAAUAUAAUACGUUGUUUUUUUUUUUUUAAUAUUUGUACAUAAUUUAAAUGUUGGACUCGAAUUUAAAAUAAAGCAGCAAAUGCUUGCAGCUAAAAACAAAAUGUUAAAAAAAUAAGAAAAAAAGAAAGAAAACAUAAACAAAGCCAAAAAGAAAAGAACACAUGUUUAAUUUGCUUGUAACAAAAAAAAAAACAAAAACAAAAUUAAACAAAAAAAAAACAAAAACAAAACCAAAAGCAACAAAAAAAAACAUAAAAACAAACAAACAUAUUUUGUACAACUAGCUAAAGAAAUAUUUGAUUUAUGUUGCUUCCAAGUAAAACGCUGUCUUCGCAAAAUAUUAUUUUAGUAGUAGACAAACAGAAUGAGUAACAGUAAAAGUAACAGUAACAGUAGAACUAACGUGUAACAGUAGCACUAACCGAGUUGUUAACAGAGCUGUUAAAUCAACUAACUGAAAGCAAAGAAAAUUCGGUCUGUGUAUGAUAAAAGCGCAGCUGCCAAAUGUUGUCCUACGAACGCCACACGAAUUUAUACAUUUUGAUUGAUUUAAUUUCAUUUGAUUGAUUUAAUGGACUUACGAUGCUUUUUGGGCCACAGUUUACAACAACAACAAACAAAGUAAAACUAAAGACUUUUCAAGCACAAGCACUAGCAAAUUCUUAAUUGAAAGCGAAAAACCAAAAAAACAAAAGAAAAAUGUAAGAAAAAGUCAUUGGCUAUAUACCAUACAAAUACAACUAUGCAUACAUGAAUACAUACAUCAUGUAUAUAAAGCAAUCUAUGCAAUAUAUAUCUAUAUAUAUAUAUAUAUAUAUUUAGUCACAAGCUCACGCUGGCGCGUGAUUGAUUGAAAGUGUGGCAGGCCAAACUAAAAAGCGCAUAAUUUAUUACGUUUAUUGUUAUUAAUUUAUUUUAUUUUUUUUUUUAAUAUACAAAACUAUAUAUAUUUAACCCACACACAUAUAGACACACACACAUACAUAUAUAUGUAUAUGCUAUAUAUAUAUAUAUUUUUAUUUUGUGUUUUAUCGGGCAGGAUCCGUGAAAUUGUGUUUUAUUUUUUUUUUAAAUAUCUACAUAAAAUUAUACAUACAUAUAUAUAUACAUAAAAUAAAGAUGAAAUGAACGAACCUUGAUGGUCUAAAAAUAUCAUUAAAAUUAUUAUGCACUAUCCAAAAUACAAAAAUUAUAUAUAUAUAAAUAUAUAUAUAUAUAUUAUAUGUACAUUAAAGUAAAAAUGUAUAUUGUUUAAUAAUGAGCAGAGCGUGUUGAGUAAAUUGUUGUAACAGAAAAAUUUGGAGUCGAGUUCGAUGAGAACGAGAAGAAGAAGAAAACACUGUAAAACUGUUAGUUAAAAACCAAAACAACAACAAAAACAACAACAACAAC